AUGGCGGGGCUGCUAGUGGUCCCUGGCCGAGUCGUGCGACUUCCGGGUGGCCGCCUUUGGCGUUUCUUAUGUCGCGGAGUCGAGCGUUGGGGUCCCGCAGAGGCGACCGCGAGCGCCUCCCCGAGGCACUGCCUGGGAAGCCGGGCCCUCGGCACUGCCCUGCCGUCGCCCCCGGGGUCGUCGGGGCCGGAAUCGAAGGGCCGCAGAGACCCCACGCGCCCCUCGCAGCCCGGGCCCGUUUCUUGGAAGUCCUUAGCACUCACAUUUGCUGUUGGAGGAGCUUUACUGGCUGGAAUGAAAUACUUCAAGAAAGAAAAGGCAGAAAAGCUGGAGAAGGAACGGCAGCAAAGUUUAGGAAAGCCUUUACUCGGGGGACCGUUUUCCCUCACAACUCAUAUUGGAGAACCUAAAACUGACAAGGACUACCUGGGCCAGUGGGUACUGAUUUAUUUUGGUUUCACUCAUUGCCCUGAUAUCUGUCCAGAAGAACUAGAAAAAAUGAUUCAAGUCGUGGAUGAAAUAGAUAGUAUUCCAUCACUACCAAAUUUAACUCCGCUUUUCAUCACUAUUGACCCAGAGAGGGACACAAAAGAAGCCAUUGCAACUUAUGUGAAAGAAUUUUCUCCCAAGCUGAUUGGCUUGACUGGGACAAAAGAAGAGAUUGAUCAAGUGGCCCGGGCAUACAGAGUAUAUUACAGCCCAGGACCCAAGGAUGAGGACGAGGACUACAUAGUGGAUCAUACAAUAAUAAUGUACUUGAUUGGACCAGAUGGUGAGUUUCUAGAUUAUUUUGGCCAGAACAAGAAGAAUGCAGAAAUAGCUGGUGCGAUUGCUGCACUCAUGAGGGAGCACCGGAAGAAGAGUUAGCUGGGCGG